GGGGAGCUGAGGUGCAGAAGCUAUCCAAGUACCCAGACUGCGUGUGCGCAAGCUGCCGCCACUGCCGCUACCGCCCCUGCCGCGUCAAGGCUACCGGGCAGUCCCUCCUAAGGCCCCUCCUACCCUCUCCGUUUCCCCACCAUCUCCCCCUCCCCCUUUGACCGAGCGGUGACUUAAGCAACGGAGCGCGGUGAAGCCCAGUUUUUUUCUCCUUUCUCGCUGCGGCGCCGGACAGCCGGCGGCUCGCGGCCCCCACUCUGGCCCGAAAUGAAUGCUGCAGCAGAAGCCGAAUUCAACAUCCUCCUAGCCACGGACUCCUACAAGGUUACUCACUAUAAACAGUACCCACCCAAUACAAGCAAAGUUUAUUCCUACUUUGAAUGCCGUGAAAAGAAGACCGAAAACUCCAAAAUAAGGAAGGUGAAAUAUGAAGAAACAGUAUUUUAUGGGUUGCAGUACAUUCUUAAUAAAUACUUAAAAGGUAAAGUAGUGACCAAAGAGAAGAUCCAGGAAGCCAAAGAGGUGUACAAAGAGCAUUUUCAAGAUGAUGUCUUUAAUGAAAAGGGAUGGAACUACAUUCUUGAGAAAUAUGAUGGGCAUCUUCCAAUAGAAGUAAAAGCUGUUCCUGAGGGCGCUGUCAUUCCCAGAGGAAAUGUUCUGUUCACAGUGGAAAACACAGAUCCAGAGUGUUAUUGGCUUACAAAUUGGAUUGAGACCAUUCUUGUUCAGUCCUGGUAUCCAAUCACUGUGGCCACAAAUUCUAGAGAGCAGAAGAAAAUACUGGCCAAAUAUUUGUUAGAAACAUCUGGUAACUUAGAUGGUCUGGAAUACAAGUUGCAUGAUUUUGGCUACAGAGGAGUCUCUUCCCAAGAGACUGCUGGCAUAGGGGCGUCUGCUCAUUUGGUUAACUUCAAAGGAACAGAUACAGUAGCAGGAAUUGCUCUAAUUAAAAAAUACUAUGGAACAAAAGAUCCUGUUCCAGGCUAUUCUGUUCCCGCAGCAGAACACAGUACCAUAACAGCUUGGGGGAAAGACCAUGAAAAAGAUGCUUUUGAACAUAUAGUAACACAGUUUUCGUCAGUGCCUGUAUCUGUGGUCAGCGAUAGCUAUGAUAUUUAUAAUGCGUGUGAGAAAAUAUGGGGUGAAGAUCUAAGACAUUUAAUAGUAUCAAGAAGUACAGAAGCACCACUAAUAAUCAGACCUGACUCUGGAAAUCCUCUUGACACUGUAUUAAAGGUUUUGGAUAUUUUGGGUAAGAAGUUCCCUGUUACUGAGAACUCAAAGGGCUAUAAGCUGCUACCACCUUAUCUUCGAGUUAUUCAAGGGGAUGGAGUAGAUAUUAAUACUCUACAAGAGAUUGUAGAAGGCAUGAAGCAAAAAAAAUGGAGUAUUGAAAAUGUUUCUUUUGGUUCUGGUGGAGCUUUGCUACAGAAAUUAACAAGAGACCUCUUGAAUUGUUCCUUCAAAUGUAGUUACGUUAUAACCAAUGGCCUUGGGAUUAAUGUCUUCAAGGACCCAGUUGCUGAUCCCAACAAAAGGUCCAAAAAGGGCCGAUUAUCUUUACAUAGGACACCAGCAGGGAAUUUUGUUACACUGGAGGAAGGAAAAGGAGACCUUGAGGAAUAUGGUCAUGAUCUUCUCCAUACAGUCUUCAAGAAUGGGAAGGUGACAAAAAGCUAUUCAUUUGAUGAAGUAAGAAAAAAUGCAAAGCUGAAUAUUGAACUGGAAGCAGCACCUCAUUAGGCUUUGUUUUCUGACUGCGUGUGUGUUCUUGCCUGUAUGUGCGAAUGUGUGAUACAUAACACAUUGUACAGAUGUGUGAGGUUUCUUUGUUUUAUGAUACAUUACAGCCAGAUUAUUUGUUGGUUUAUGGACAUACUGCCCUUUAAUUUUUUUUCUUUCUUUCCAGUGUUUAGGUGAUCUCAAAUUAGGAAAUGCACUUGACCAUGUAAAAGAUUAUUGCUAAAGCAAGCUUUUUAGGGUCCUUUGCCAAUAGAUAUUAAUUUAAUCUGGUAUUGAUCUUUUCUCAAAUAACAGAACUGAGAAACUUUUAUAUAUAACUAAAGAUCACAUAAACAGAUUUGCAUAAAAUUAUCAUGAUUGCUUUAUGUUUAUAUUUAACUUGUAUUUUUGUACAAACGAUUGUGUACGAUAUAUUUAAAGUUUCAGUGAUUUAACACUUUCCAACUUUUCAUGAUUUUUAUGAGCACAGACUUUCAAGAAAAUACUUGAAAAUAAUUUACAUUGCCUUUUGUCCAUUAAUCAGCAAAUAAAACAUGGCCUUAACAAAGUUGUUUGUGUUAUGUACAAUUUGAAAAUUAUGUCGGGACAUACCCUAUAGAAUUACUAACUUCACUGCCCCUUGUAGAAUAUGUAUUAAUCAUUCUACAUUAAAGAAAAUAAUGGUUCUUACUGGAAUGUCUAGGCACUGUACAGUGAUUCUACACGUUGGUCAUUGUAUUGUACCAGUGAAAUGCCAAAUCUGAAAGGCCUGUACUGCAGUUUUAUAUGUCAGAUACUGCCUGUGGCUGUGAUAUGCACCUCAAGAUUUUAAGGAGAUAAUGUUUUUAGAAAGAAUUUCUGCUUCCACUAUAGAAUAUAUACAUAAAUGUAAAAUACUGACAAAAAUGGAAGUAGUGUAUUUUAAAGUAAUUACACGUCUGAAUUUAUUUUUCCUAUUCUAUGGUUGAUAUGACUUAAUACUGGAAUGGGUAGUCAGUGUACUUAUUUUAAAUUUUUUGAUUCUGUUAUAUUUUUCAUUAAGUUUUUUAAAAAUUAAAUUGAAUAUUAAAUUGUAUGGACAUCAUUUAUUAAUUUUAAACUGAAUCCCUUAAUAAAUACUAUUUCAUUAAGUUUUUAAAUGAAGAUGAAUGAUCCCCAAUGAAAAAGCAUGGUGACAUGUUUGAAUAGAAGAAUCUUUACCAAAAGCAGAAAGUUGGCGAAUUUCAAAGUGUUCAACCUCACAAUGUUUAGAGUGAUUAACUGCCAGAUUCUGAGUAGUCAUCACAUCUGAUAGGAGACCAUGUGUUUGUUUUGGGGGGUUUGUAAUGGAUUACUUUAUAUGUAGGUCUACUAAGGCAAGAGGUUGGACAUCUGUGGCCCACAGGCCAAUUUGGACUGUGCUUUUUUUUGGGGGGGGUGGUAAAAUCUUGUCUGUGGUGGCUUUCUUAGACAGCAGCAGGAAUAGUUGUAGUAGUGAGCACAUGGCCCAGAAAGCCUGAAAUGUUUAUAAUCUGGCCCAUCAGGAGUGUGCCUUGAAUUUUAUGAGAAAUGUUGGUUGUCAGGGAAGAGAGGAGGCUAAGUUGAUACAGAGUUCAUCUCUCUUUUGUCCUUUCUUUUUUCAUCUAAGAAUCUGGUUGGAAGGCCAAUUUAGAAAAGCUUUAACAUAUUAAAUGUGAAAUUUUAUAAAGUGAAAAGCCAUAAAUCAUCUGACCUGAACCAUUACAUGAGGAAGUGUUUUUUUGCAGAUGAUUCUAAACACUUGUUUACUGUGAAUAGUAAGCAUUAUUCUCUUUCAGUAAAAGUUUUCAUCCUGUAAUUUCUGGUAAAAAAAUGAUUUUAAGCUGAUUUUUAAAAAUGUAUCUAAGUAACAACAAUUAGUAGCAUUAAAAAGAAUACAUCUUCACAAAAUGUGCUUCAGGGACUACAGUGAAUUAAAAGAAAAUACACUUAUUACCAAUAAUACCUGGGAUGACCACCCCAUAAGUUUAAUUUUGUUUAAACACUGGAAUUAUACUACAGACAAUAUUAUUUUGUACUGUGAAUUUCAGCAGUUUCAGAGUAUCUAGAUGAGUUUUAUUUUAAGCUUUCACUGAAGCCUAAAAUCUGUACAUUCGGACAUGGCCAUAAAUGGCAGGGUGGAAUGAUUAAUUCCAUUAGCUCUUAGCCACUUGUAACUGAUUAAUCCUGAAUUUCCAUCCUAAGCACUUAGUAGUAGCCCAUCACCAUUCUGAGUAGCAAUGGUUAACAUAGAUAAUCAGAUAGAACUCUGCAGUGUUAACCUUAAGUCAGCCUAACUAUUCCAGACAAAAGCAAAUGGCAUGUGGGUUUGCUUAAGUCUUUAGAUUUGCAGCUGACAUCAGUUAAUCCUCCUCAAUUUGUGACAUCAUAAAGUAUUUGUAUUUUAAGUAGGAGAUAGGAGUUCUGUGUUAAGGCUCUUUAUUUGUAUUCUAUACUUAAAGUAAACUGGUUUUAGUGAUUAUCCCCUAUUUCCUUUCUUGAAAUAAAUUGUUAUGAAAAAUAUUUUAUAAUUUGGAAAACUAGAAAGAGAAAAAUGGCAAGGUAUUUAUUGUUCUGUUUGCCAUAAUUUAGAAUUCAACAUUUAAACAAGUACUUUGUAGUUUUACAUUCCUUUUUAACCCAUUCACUGGAGAAUGUCCACUUUUCUCCAAAGUCUUUGUUAAGUCAAUUCUAAUAUGUAUUCGACAUCAAAGAUAAACAUUUAAUAAACACGGAAAUAAAGUUUAGCUCUAUUAGUGAAAUGUUAAAUUUGACUGUGUGCUUCCAAUAAUGGCAUAUUGUUAGACGUGCCUUUUUUAGGUAUUCCUUCAGUUCAGAAGAAUUAGAGAAUGAGAGGGAGAGGUGUCAAAGAUGACUCCUGUUUUGUUCAACUUUAUGGAUGGCAGUGCCUCUUCACUAAGAGAGAACACUGGAAGGAGACCAGCUUUGGGGAGAAGGAGCACAAUUCCUACAUUAAGACUUGAGAUGUCUUUGAGAUACUUAAAUGUGUAUAUGAGGUAGCUGGAUAUACAGAUUUGGGGGCAGAAGGGUCUCAUGAUAAGAAUUUGAUGUAUAGAUAGAUGGCCCUUGGAGACACAGGAAAAAGUACUUCUCUAAGGAGAGUGUAGAGCAUGGCCUGGCAAACCACAGGCCAGACCUAGUCCAUCUAUUUUUGUAAAUAAAGUUUUAUUGGAACACAA